CCAGGAAAUGUGAAAAUGCCUAAUGUACCCAGUACCCAGCCAGCAAUAAUGAAACCAACAGAAGAACCACCUGCUUACACACAAAUUGCGAAGGAGCAUGCUUUGGCCCAGGCAGAACUCCUAAAGCGUCAAGAAGAACUGGAAAGAAAAGCAGCUGAACUAGAUCGCAGAGAAAGGGAAAUGCAGAGUCUCAGUCAGCAGGGGGGUAGAAAAAAUAACUGGCCACCUCUUCCAGAGAAUUUUCCAGUAGGUCCUUGUUUCUACCAGGACUUUUCUGUAGACAUUCCUGUAGAAUUCCAGAAGACAGUAAAGAUUAUGUACUAUUUGUGGAUGUUCCAUACAGUGACACUGUUUCUUAAUAUCUUUGGAUGUUUGGCCUGGUUUUAUGUUGAUGCUACGCGAGGGGUUGAUUUUGGAUUGAGUAUUCUCUGGUUCUUGCUUUUUACCCCUUGUUCUUUUGUCUGCUGGUACAGACCACUUUAUGGAGCUUUCAGGAGUGACAGUUCAUUCAGGUUCUUUGUGUUCUUCUUUGUAUAUAUCUGUCAGUUUGCUGUACAUGUGCUUCAAGCUGCAGGAUUUCAAAGAUGGGGAAACUG